CCACUGAGCUGCUGUCUUUAUUUCACUCUCACACUCAGCAGAGGAACAUGUCGAUGCUAAUUGCCUUCUACAUUUGCCUGACCCUGUUUUUGUCCAUAUUCGCUGGAACAGAUGGAUAUUUUGAACAGGUGGUGAGACAGUGCCGAUUCACCUCAAAGGAUCUGCAUGGUAUAGAGUUUAUAGACUCUUAUGUUUUCAACCAGGCUGAAUAUAUCAGAUUCAACAGCACUGUAGGAAAGUUUGUUGGAUACACUGAGCAUGGUGUGAAGAAUGCAGAAGCAUUCAACAGUGACGCUUCGUUACUGGCUCAAGAGCAAGGGGAGCUGGAGCGUUACUGUAAGACUAACGCUGCUAUCGACUACAGUGCCAUACUGGAUAAGACAGCUGAGCCCCAUGUCAGACUGAGCUCAGUGACGCCCCCCAGUGGCAGACACCCUGCCAUGCUGAUGUGCAGCGCCUAUGACUUCUACCCCAAACCAAUCAGAGUGACCUGGCUGAGGGACGGACAAGAGGUGAAAUCUGAUGUGACCUCCACUGAGGAGCUGGCUAACGGGGACUGGUACUACCAGAUCCACUCCAACCUGGAGUACACACCCAAGUCUGGAGAGAAGAUCUCCUGUAUGGUGGAGCACAUCAGCCUCACUGAGCCCAUGAUGUAUCACUGGGACCCGUCCCUGCCUGAGUCUGAGAGGAAUAAGAUAGCGAUCGGUGCGUCUGGUCUGGUGCUGGGAGCCAUCUUAGCAUUAGCAGGACUGAUCUACUACAAGAAGAAGUCUUCUGGGGUGCUCUAGAAGCAAGCCUUGAAGGCACAUUGCUGUAUCUGCUGCAGAAAUGGAUCCAAAAUGCGAUUUUCUUGCUUGUUAUGAAUCAGUGUGCCUGACAAGACGUCUACUGCUGGAGUGUAUAACUGAACAUUAAUCUAUACUUUCUUAAUUAAGCAUAUUUUUGGUAACAUACUGUAUAUUAUCCGUACUCCUUUCAUAAUCAAUCCAUUAACAACUUUAGGCUUGAUAGUAAUAAGACAAAUAGUGCUAUGAGAAUCAUGCAAUCAACUGUUUAUUAACUUAAUAGAUCUGAUAGAAAACUGCUUUAUCUGACCUACUAUAACACCGUAAGUUCUUUUGAGUGGGAAGAAUAUACAACAGUCCACUGUGCUUGGGGUACUUUCCUCAGCUGUACUGUUCUGUGUCUUUUUCACUAACAAAAUACAAACUUGUUCUUAAUUAAAGGAGCAAUAUUUAAAUGGUGAAAAUAUUGUGUGUGGUAAUACUGAAGUUUUUAAACGCUGGUUGAUGAGAAUGGAAAAUAGGUUCAGUCUUUGUUUAAACUUCUAUAUGUUUUAGACUAAAUGUGACUCUGUACUGACAUUACACACCUGGAAAGUAACCUCCUUGGUGUCACAUUGAUAACGUUUUUAUAUGAUUGAUUUCAGCUCCCUUCAUUUGCGUGUUGCUCAUUUGCUGCUCAAUCAUGGUUGUGGUUUCAGAUCUUCUAUAUAACUGGGACAUAUUUUUGACAUUCCUUUGAUAUGAUACAAGCUUUUCAAUAAACCAUUAUACAUGUCA